CGUCAACUGUCUUUUUUUGAGCUGCUUCCAGUUGAAAAUUCUCGCCGGAGACGCCGGCGAAAGUGCUACUUGGCCGGAAAUUAGCAUAUAUAAUGGUUCUACCAAGCGAAGAUGACGCCGUAUCAAUUCAGAAAGGGAAAAAUCCCGGCGAACCUCACAUCAUCACCGUCAAUUGCCCCGAUAAAACCGGCCUCUCUUGCGAUAUCUGCUGGACUAUUCUCGACUUCGGACUCUGCAUCACCAAAGGAGAUGUUUCAACUGAUGGAAGAUGGUGUUACAUAGUGCUUUGGGUGAUUCCUCAUGCUAGUACUGGCAUAGUAAGAUGGUCAGAUUUGAAGAACCGCCUUGUAAUGGUGUGUCCAACUUGUUCUACUUCAUUUUACCUAAAUCAGCCAUAUCCAUGCCCUAAAGCUUCUCAAGUUUACCUCAUAACAUUUUGUUGCCUUGAUCGGAAAGGGUUGUUACAUGAUGUUACCCAAGUGCUGUGUGAGCUUCAGUUGACUAUCCAACGGGUGAAAGUGACUACAACGCCAGAUGGAAGAGUCCUAGAUCUCUUCUUUGUUACAGAUAACCUAGAUCUCCUGGACACAAAGCAGAGGAAAGAUGAAACUUGUGAGCAAUUAUAUUGUGUUUUAGGUGAUUCAUGUGUCAGUUGUGAACUUAAGUUAGCUGGGAAUCAAAACAGUGCAUCUUCUCUAUCUCCCGGUGUUGCUGAAGAACUGUUUAGAUGUGAACUAUCAUCAUCAGAAAGUGAGCAAAACUGUGCAAAUAAACUUAGCCCAGAUAUGACAAAGUUGAAGAACAUUAGUGUCAUUACAGAUAAUUCCUUGAGCCCAUCUCACACUUUACUUUCGAUACAAUGCUUUGAUCACAAGGGCCUCCUUUAUGAUAUCUUGAGGACAUUGAAAGACUGUAAUGUACAGGUUUCUUACGGUCGAUUCUGUCCAGUAAAGAAAGGUGCACGUGAUCUUGACUUGUUCAUCCAACAAAAGAACGGCGAUAAGAUUGUGGAUCCUGAGAAACAGAAUACAUUGUGUAAAGCGUUGAAGAACGAGAUGCUUCAUCCAUUGCGUGUGAUUACUGUAAACCGUGGACCUGAUACAGAACUAUUGGUUGCCAAUCCAGUUGAACUAUCGGGAAAAGGAAGGCCUCGUGUUUUCUAUGAUGUAACAUUCGCAUUGAAAUGUCUUGAGAUGUGUGUUUUCUCGGCUGAAAUUGGAAGACAUUCGGAUGCUGACCGUGAGUGGGAAGUUUACAGAUUCUUGCUGGAUGAGAACUGCAAAUUUCAGUUAUCUAAUGUGAGGGUAAGAAAUCAUAUUGUUGAUAGAGUAAGACGAACGUUAAUGGGAUGGUGAGUUUGCUCUUCUUCUUCUU